AUGGCGCUCUCCUCCACCAAUAAGAACCCCGGGUUACUCCCCCACGGGAUGGCGCUCUCCUCCACCAAUAAGAACCCCGGGUUACUCCCCCACGGGAUGAAGGGACCAGUAGCAGCCGUGGGGGCGCCCUCCUCCACCAAUAAGAACCCCGGGUUACUCCCCCACGGGAUGAAGGGACCAGUAGCAGCCGUGGGGGCGCCCUCCUCCACCAAUAAGAACCCCGGGUUACUCCCCCACGGGAUGAAGGGACCAGUAGCAGCCGUGGGGGCGCCCUCCUCCACCAAUAAGAACCCCGGGUUACUCCCCCACGGGAUGAAGGGACCAGUAGCAGCCGUGGGGGCGCCCUCCUCCACCAAUAAGAACCCCGGGUUACUCCCCCACGGGAUGAAGGGACCAGUAGCAGCCGUGGGGGCGCUCUCCUCCACCAAUAAGAACCCCGGGUUACUCCCCCACGGGAUGAAGGGACCAGUAGCAGCCGUGGGGGCGCUCUCCUCCACCAAUAAGAACCCCGGGUUACUCCCCCACGGGAUGAAGGGACCAGUAGCAGCCGUGGGGGCGCUCUCCUCCACCAAUAAGAACCCCGGGUUACUCCCCCACGGGAUGAAGGGACCAGUAGCAGCCGUGGGGGCGCUCUCCUCCACCAAUAAGAACCCCGGGUUACUCCCCCACGGGAUGAAGGGACCAGUAGCAGCCGUGGGGGCGCCCUCCUCCACCAAUAAGAACCCCGGGUUACUCCCCCACGGGAUGAAGGGACCAGUAGCAGCCGUGGGGGCGCUCUCCUCCACCAAUAAGAACCCCGGGUUACUCCCCCACGGGAUGAAGGGACCAGUAGCAGCCGUGGGGGCGCCCUCCUCCACCAAUAAGAACCCCGGGUUACUCCCCCACGGGAUGAAGGGACCAGUAGCAGCCGUGGGGGCGCCCUCCUCCACCAAUAAGAACCCCGGGUUACUCCCCCACGGGAUGAAGGGACCAGUAGCAGCCGUGGGGGCGCCCUCCUCCACCAAUAAGAACCCCGGGUUACUCCCCCACGGGAUGAAGGGACCAGUAGCAGCCGUGGGGGCGCUCUCCUCCACCAAUAAGAACCCCGGGUUACUCCCCCACGGGAUGAAGGGACCAGUAGCAGCCGUGGGGGCGCCCUCCUCCACCAAUAAGAACCCCGGGUUACUCCCCCACGGGAUGAAGGGACCAGUAGCAGCCGUGGGGGCGCCCUCCUCCACCAAUAAGAACCCCGGGUUACUCCCCCACGGGAUGAAGGGACCAGUAGCAGCCGUGGGGGCGCCCUCCUCCACCAAUAAGAACCCCGGGUUACUCCCCCACGGGAUGAAGGGACCAGUAGCAGCCGUGGGGGCGCUCUCCUCCACCAAUAAGAACCCCGGGUUACUCCCCCACGGGAUGAAGGGACCAGUAGCAGCCGUGGGGGCGCCCUCCUCCACCAAUAAGAACCCCGGGUUACUCCCCCACGGGAUGAAGGGACCAGUAGCAGCCGUGGGGGCGCCCUCCUCCACCAAUAAGAACCCCGGGUUACUCCCCCACGGGAUGAAGGGACCAGUAGCAGCCGUGGGGGCGCCCUCCUCCACCAAUAAGAACCCGGGUUACUCCCCCACGGGAUGA